AUGAACACCCGUACUGGUGUCAAAGUGAAAUACGACGGCUGGCUUGACGGUCAUGUUAGAAUUCACGGUCCUGCUGCAAAGGAUGUGGCAGCAAACUUUAUUGGUCGCUGGAACUCCAACUAUAAGCCUGCACAAAGUCUCGAUACUAAAUUGCGUGGCUUCAAGAACCCUUCAUACAGCAAAUUAGCGCCCCUUAACUAUACGAGCAGCAGGACGAGCUCGAGUCUGGGUCGACAAAGUAUCCAGAUUGUGCGAACUUUCAGCUGUCAGUAUAAACACUACGACGAGUUCGCACCCCAGGGGGAGAACACGCUGUUUCAAGCACUCCUAAAGGCGCUCAAGAACGCAAAGAACUUUAUCUACAUUGAAGAUCAGUAUUUCAUCCUCGUACCAGAGCUACUCGAUGCGGUUUUAAAAGUGAUGCCGACACUCCAGCGACUCAUUUAUUUGUUCGACAUGAUCGCUCCUAUACAGAAGCUGUAUCCAAACAAGUUUCAGAUCUACACCACGAAGAGUAGCUUGAAUCUCUACAUCCACACAAAAGUUGUGAUCAUCGACGACGUUUUUGUGACAGUCAGCUCAGCAAACUGGAAUCGUCGUAGCAUGACCUCGGACUCGGAGAUGGCUGCCAACAUCAUCGACGAGGACUCUGUAGAUUCUCCAGAUGGGGUCACGGUGCUGAGGACGGCACGCGACUUUCGGAUCCGCAAAUUUUACGAGAUGACGGGUCUAAGCUACGAUGAACUAGACGCAAUGACGAUAAUUGAAGCCGCGAAUCAACUUGAUAUGGCCGCUGUUGACGAAUCGACCAUUAUUGAAGCGUUUCAAGUGGAGGAGCAGGCGUAUUUUGCUGCCUUUACUGAUGUACUUCGGGAGCAAGUAGACCCACAGGACACCUGCACGUAG